AGAGACCGACACCGCUGGCUGCAGCAUGAACGUGAUCUACCCACUGGCGGUGCCCAAAGGGCGGCGGCUCUGCUGUGAGGUGUGCGAAGCCCCGGCGGAGCGAGUGUGCUCUGCCUGCACAGUCACUUAUUACUGGUAGGCCCUAGAACGGGGCACCUGGCUCCUGCGCUCCCUCCCUCUCUCCAGAGCAGGGCCUGGGCCAGUGUACCUGCGUGAGCCGCGAUCCCUCAAGGCGGCUUCGAGACAGGCCUCUAAGACCCCUGUGACCUCUUCUGCUUCCUCCUCCUCUUACUGGUUCGUCGCCAGAUGUGUUUUGAACACCUGCUAUGUGUUAUGCACUAAUCUAGGUGCAGAAGUUACUGGGGCAUUUGGGUAGAUCCGUUCCCUCAAGGAGCCUAACUUUCUAAGGCAGGAGACAGAUAAGCAAACAAAACAAAGUAAUUUCGGAGAGAGAUAAAUGUCCUAAGACAAGUAAAGGGAAGUCUGAUGAGAAAUUGGGCAGACAGCUUCUCUGGAGAGUAGACAUCUGAAGGUAAAAUAAGAGCAUCCCAUCCUGGAAAAGACCAGGGGAAGGCCUGGUGUGUUUGACCAAUAGAAAGAAGGCUGGUUGGUCCCAGGCACAGCUAAGAUGGUAGAGAGGUGGUGUGGUGCAUCAAAGAGCUGACUGGAGAAGCAUCCACGAGAAGAUAUGUCAGCUCCUGAUUCCACUGCGCACUACCAUGCCCUUCUACAAUUCAGAGGAAGAACGGCAGCAUGGCUUACAGCAGAUGCAGCAGCGACAGAAGCAUUUGAUUGAAUUCUGCUACACUGUUGCCCAGAAAUAUCUUUUUGAACGAAAAUAUGCAGAAGCUGUUCCAGCAGCUUUGCAUUCCCUUCGCUUCCGCAGGAGUGUGUAUGGCCUGAGUUCAGUAGAGCUUGUACCUGCUUAUCUACUGUUGUCUGAGGCCAGCCUUGGUCUUGGCCGGAUUGUUCAGGCUGAAGAAUAUCUAUCCCAAGCCCAGUGGACAGUCCUCAAAUCAACUGAUUGUCAUAAUGCAACACACUCAUUACUGCAUCGGAACCUGGGACUUCUCUACAUGGCCAAGAAGAACUAUGAGGAAGCCCGAUAUCAUCUGGCCAAUGAUAUUUAUUUUUCCAGUUGUGCAUUUGGAACAGAGGACAUCAGGACCUCAGGAGGCUAUUUCCACCUGGCUACUAUCUUUUAUGGCCUUCAAAAAUUGGACCUAGCAGACACACUAUACACUAAGGUCUCCGAGAUCUGGCAUAAAUAUUUGAACGGUCACUAUCAAGCCCUCUCACAGGCUCGUGUAGAACAAGCAGAUUUACUUCACAAACGAUUUGUGAAUGACACUGGCUUGGAUGAAGCCCAGGAAGCAGAAGCCAUUCAUAUCCUGACUUCAAUCUUGAACGUUCGAGAAUCAACUUCUGACAAAGAUCCUGAAAAGACCAUCUUUGUUCUAAAAACCCUGGUCAUGCUUCACUACCUGAUGAUGAAUGCUUCCAAGGCAGAGGAAUAUGCUAUGCAAGCCCUCAAUCUAGCCAAAAAACUGCAGCUCAGUGAAAAUGAGCAAAGCAACAUUGAAGAAUUACUAAGCCUCAUUUCAACAGAAGAAGAUCAUCCCAUUACUUAGUGACCCAGGAACUCUGUGUCAGAGGCUACCCUGGGCUAUUGAAGGCCUAAUACAUUUCAGCCUUGCUCAGCAGCUAUAGGUACUCUGGAUUGCUGAAGGGUCCACACCUUUCCCAUGGAACUGCACCCAUAGUUGGGAUUUUAUUAGCAUUUUUGAGGGAAUAUAGAGCUUUAGGCAUAGAAAGCUAUAAAACAAUUGUUUAUCAUGACCUCGACUUGGUUUAUUAUGAUUUUUGUAUGACUUUGAGUAAUGCGUGGUUAGAACAUUAACAUGGUAUUUGUAAUUAAACCAUGGUUUGUCAUAUUUCCCAAAAGUCUCUCAGUGAUUCAUGUUUCAUAAGUCUUUACUAAGUGAGAGAUAGAGAAUAGACUGUAUUGGAGCAAAGUUUUCUAUUGUACUGGAGUUAAGUUAGCAUUAAUCUGAGGUAGCUUGUGACAAAAUAUCCAUUGUAAUUCCUACAGCAAUCACUAAGAAAAUAACUCUUUAAAAUUAGUUAAAAAUCAACAGAGACAAACAGAGAAACAAGAUGUAUCCCAUUUGUUUACAAUAAAAAUAAAU